AUGACAUCGCCACCUUUUCGUAUUAUGAAGACGUACACUCCACAACCCUUGGGUAAAGCGGGUGCAAUGUCCCAUGUUUUCACAAGAAACACCAAUCCUGCCGAAUUCCAUCGUCAUGUAAUUCAAGCCCAAAACGCCUUUUCCUUUUGCAACUUCCACCAAUCCAUCAACCACUACAACAAUGCCAUGGAGGAAUUGAACGCCAACCUUGCAACUACAACCUUACUUCAACGUGCCACCAUACAUGAGAUCGCUGGUUCAUACAACAACGCCUUGAACGACGCAAAGGCAGUUAUAGCAAUCGACAGCACGUUGCCAGAUGGAUAUCUAUCAGCUUGCAACACACUAUUGCUUGAGAACAAGUACCGGGAAGCUUUACUCCUUAGCCGUGAAGGAUGUCAAAAGGCAGAUUGGGAUCAUCCACAAUAUGAAGCUUUGGUCGAACUCGAAAAGAGCAUUUCACGCGAAGUCCACAAGCAAAACCGGUGGCUCAUGAACAAGCUUCCCUUUGAUGUCAUUGAAAAUGUGUUGAGGAUGCUCCCACUACUGAGUCGCGUUCAACUAUCACUUACUUGCAUGGAUUGGAAUGAGUUCCUUUGUGAAUGGACCGGCAUGUGGCAUGAUGUAUGGAUCAAUCAUCGUAUCUCUCGUUCUUUGCCCCAAUUCCUGGAUUGUGUCAUCAACUCUCAAGUGCGCACUCUCAUCAUUGACGUGGAGAUCCUUGAUAAAUUGCAAUCGAUAUGCUUACACGCUGCUACACAUUGGAGGAAUCUUGAGUCAUUAGAGUUGCAUUACUUCACACAACGCCAGCUCGUAUUCCCGAUCAUUGAAGCCAACGGUUCUACUCUUCGGCAUAUUCGUUUCAAGGAUACGCGAGGUAUCAAGUGGGCUGCUGAACCGAUCCAGUACAUUCUCAAGACAUGCCCCAACUUGAAGUCAUUGCAAUGCGCACGUGAUGAAUAUGCCGCCAUUUGUCCACGCAUGGUCACACAGCCGUUGUACUUUGACGCACCAUUGAGGCUCACCUCGCUAAGCAUUACCCGUACAACCUUGGCCGACUAUCUCGACAAGUUGUUGCCUUGGUGUCCUGAUCUGCAACACAUUGUCCUCGAUGCUCAUGAUCAUGAUAAGCCUCAGCGUGUGGAGAUCCUCGAUCAUGUUUACGUUCAUUGUCCCAAGCUGGUGUCACUCUUUUACAGUGGUUCUGGAUCCUUUUCGUAUAAGAAGCAAGGUGGUCAUGAGUAUUAUAAUCCGCAUACUACUGGUGGGGAAUAUGGAUUACGGUGCCUUGUUUAUAUUGCUGGUACGACCAAUGAGAGCUACAAGGCGGAUAAGCAGAUUAUCAGAUUCCUGGAAAGAAGCGAGAAUACUUUGGAGAAGCUUCAUGUGGCACUGGGUUGUCAAGCGGGUGGUCAUCGAUUGGUAUACAACUACAAUCCUUCCGGCCUUGAAGUUAUACAACACGCUGCGAAGCUCUCAUUUCCUCAGCUACAAGACUUGACGAUCUUUGAACCACCCAAUCGUUUUAUCCAGCCUUUCAAUUAUCAACAUGGACGACAACAAGUACCAAACAUACGCCGCGUGCCAUCCAUACCACCCACUCGUGCAAUGGCGUAUCUUGGCUCAGAAGACAUGUGCAAGCUACUAGCUGGAUCACCGGAUUUGACAAAGGUGUGCAUUCGAUCGGAUACAUUGGUCACUGAUAUGGUAUUGGAAGAGCUUGCGGCUUUGAGGCAGCUACGACAUGUGAAUUUGGGUUACGCUACCGAGUCCAUGAGGGAGAGCAUCUACUAUCCUAGUGGUCAUUCCAGCAUGUAUCCGCUCCCCAGCUAUCUACAACUUGAUACGCCCUACAGAACCGUUGGUCCCAAAGAGCCAAGUUUCUCGACGCAAGCCAUGAUGGGAUUUGUGGAGAAUUGCAACAACAAGGUGGAGGAGCUGAUAUUGAGCAACUUUUCUGGACGAUUGGAUGAUGAUUUAUUGGAUGCUCUCGCUCACAGCAAGAGUAAAAUUUGGCGACUUGUAUUGGGUGCUCCUUAUGAAUUCACAACACGAGCCUUGAUCCGCUUUGGACAACAAAUGCAAGAUUCAGUAUUGACACACUUGACAAUAUUUGGCAUGGAUCAUGAGCUGCAUCGUCGACGUGCUCGUAUCGGCAACAUCAUGGCACUCACAGGACUCAAACAUCUCAUACAGCUACGCCUUUCGCUCGUCAAUAACACAGGCUUCAAAUCAUGCAAACCCAUCCUCGCCCGAUUCAUCCUAGCUUCCUACAACACAUCACGCAUCACCGUCAUUUUCCAAAACAAUACGUCCAUUGAAUUGAGUGGUGAAUACAAACGCAUGGCACUUGCUCAACAAGAAUGCAACCAGGAUCGACAAGACGUCAUCAUGAUGGACGAGGAUUUGGAGAAAUCUUUAUCACCAGCACGAGCUCCCGAAUUUCAUGUUGAACAUGUUGGCCGUUGGAUGACCACUUAUGAGCUAUUCACAUUGAAUGCAAGUUCCCUCCAUGAACAAGAUAUCUGA